UAAACUGCGUUAUGACAACAUGGCGGCAAUAUUAGGCUUGCAGGAGUAUGGAAGUGAUACAAAUUCGUCUGAUGGCGAAACUAAAAUGGACCUAGAAGAUUUUAACAUGCAUUUGAAACCCGUAAAUGAUAAAGAAAAGUCUUAUAUGGCCGUGUGCCCAAAUGCUGCUCCAGCUGUUGCGCCUAAGUAUGAUGGAAACAGCAGGCUACUGGACAUCAAUGUUAAAGAAGUCAAGCACAACCUCAAAUAUGAAGACAUGUAUGCACCCCAGGUUGGCCCACUUCACCCAUUUAAGACGCGGCAGUUUCAAUCCAAUCGGAACAUGUUGUCAGGUUAUACAGAACCUGCUCAUGUCAGUGACUUUCAGUUUGAAAAUCAGCGCAGAACAUUCACAAGUUACGGUUAUGCCCUUGAUCCCAGUAAUGACCAGACUGAAGUUGACAAGGUCGUUGGGGACAACACAGCUGCAGAGGAUAACAAGGGCAUUACAGUAUUUGAAGUAAAACCAAGUGCUGGUGAAAAACGAAAAAAAGAAAAGAAUAGAGACCCAGCAGAUAUUGAUGGCUACCUAGGACCCUGGGCAAAGUAUGCAGAUGAACAGACUGUUAUCAAACCAAGUGAGGAGGAGCAGAAGGAGCUGGAUGAGAUCCUCGCCAAGAGAAGCAAGCACAGCAAGCAGGUGGAGGAGAAGCCCAUGGAGGAGAAGACCACUCUACACAUUAAAGAUGCAUAUGACUACCAAGGCCGGUCAUUCCUCCAUGCACCACAAGAUGUGGGGGUCAACUUGCGGUCAGAGGAGCCACCGGAAAAAUGCUUCUUGCCAAAGAAGUUGAUUCACACAUGGUCAGGGCACAGUAAGGGUGUAGCAGCCAUCAGAUGGUACCCCCAUACUGCUCACCUUAUGUUGUCUGCUGGCAUGGACACCAAAAUCAAAAUUUGGGAGGUUUACAACGAGCGUCGGUGUGUGCGAACAUAUGCAGGCCAUAAACAGGCCGUGAGAGACAUCACCUUCAACAAUGAUGGCAAGGAGUUCCUCAGCUGUGGUUAUGACAGAUAUUGCAAGCUGUGGGACACAGAGACAGGUCAGUGCAAGUCUCACUUUACCAGCCGGAAGGUGCCCUACUGCAUCAAGUUUAACCCUGAUGAGGACAAGCAACAUCUGUUUGUGGCUGGCACUUCGGAUAAGAAGAUCGUCUGUUGGGACAUCAGGUCAGGAGAGGUGGUGCAGGAGUAUGAUCGCCAUCUUGGAGCUGUGAACAGCAUCACAUUUGUUGACCAGAACCGUAGAUUUGUAACAACUUCUGAUGACAAAAGUUUAAGAGUUUGGGAGUGGGACAUUCCAGUGGAUUUCAAGUACAUUGCAGACCCGUCCAUGCACUCUAUGCCAUCUGUCACUCUCUCUCCCAACGGAAAGUGGUUGGCUUGUCAGUCUAUGGAUAACAAGAUUUGUGUGUUCAAUGUCCUCAACCGCUUCAAGUUCAUGCGGAAGAAAACAUUUACUGGUCAUAUGGUUGCUGGCUAUGCGUGUUCCAUUGACUUCUCUCCUGAUAUGAGCUACAUUAUCUCGGGCGACGCAGACGGCAAGCUGUACAUCUGGGAUUGGAAGAGCACGAAGCUGUACAACAAGUGGAAGGCACACGAUGAUGUGUGUAUCGGGGUGCUAUGGCAUCCCCAUGAGACCUCCAAGGUGGCCACCUGUGGCUGGGACGGGGUUAUCAAGUACUGGGACUGAGGGCGACUCCGGGACCAGCUACACACAUGCUACUUUCAUCUCCAGCGACUCCAUGUUACCAAAUAUCUGUGGCUAUUCAAGUGAGCCUGAUGCAGUCUAUGGAUUACAUAUUAACAGUCUGUGUCAAAAACUGUUUCUUUUAUUGGAGUUUCAUUGGCCCAAACAAGAAUUACUCGACUUGGGCUUGUGGGUGGUCUAGUUGCAACAGACGAAAACUAUAUCAAUAUCUGGUUACUGCUACAUUUAGUGAACAGAAUCAACAGUUUUUUUCAAAAGGUAAUUGGGAUGUGAACCAAGGGAGAUUCCACCAUGUAGGGGGGGGCGGUUGGGUAGCCUAGUUCGCUCGUUACGCCUAAGACAGUAUUCCAAUCCCGACAUGGGUACAAUGUGUGAAGCCCAUUUCUGCUGUCCCCCUGCCGUGAUAUUGCCAAAAGUGGCAUAAAACCAUACUCACUCACUCCCCCAUGCUGCCCAACCACAGUAAACCAAUCACAUACAUGCUGUUAGGACUACCAAGUUACUAUAUCCUUCAUGAAGUCCACCCUCACAGACAUAACACUCUGUAGUACUUGUAGACAUGUAGAAUCUUAAUGCAGAAAUUCUGCAUAACUACAUGUGUAAUAAGUGUAUAUGCAACAGGUGUGACUGUAAAUAGUAGGAUGGCAGUCUUGUGAUACAUGUUUAUGAAAUACCUGUAAAUUUUGUAAAUAAACUAUUCUUAUACAACCUGUUUCCUUGUUACAGCCACAGUAGUAUAUGUGUGACCUGGAUGAUGUGUCAUUCAUUGUACAUUCACUCUCACUGCUGAAUCAGAGAAAAAUACUGGUCACAUUAUUGUCGGUGCAAAAUGUCUGACAGUACACCAGUCACUUUCCUUUUGAUCAGUGAUUUACAUUGGGAGUAUCAAUGUGCAUCCACUCUCACUGGUAGUGUUAAUUCGUCACCUCCAGCAGCUCAGUGUGAGAGCUGGGACACAUUUUUAUGUAUUGACUAUUAUCUUUAAAAUAACAAACAACAUCAAUGUUUUUGUGCCCUUUAUGUGCAAAACUUAUAACAGAAUGUAAUAUUCAGAAUUCCAUGUUUUCAUCUUUCUGUUAUAACAUCAGAUCACAAUUUUUGAUAAAUAAUAAACACAAACAUUAUCAAAAAUAGAUAUCAGACCAACCUUAGAUUCCAAAACACCAUCUCAAGAUCGUUUCAAACAUUAAUAAUGCACAAAUUUAACUAAUGGAUUAAAUGAAGUGAAACUGCUCAAAUACUACAAGCAUGACUUAUUCAAUAAUGUUAAAAGCAUGGUAAUAUAGAACAACAGUAUACUAGGAUAUUCAAUCUUGUUAAUAGAAGCUAAAUAUGACAGCAUGCAUAUUGGUAAAAAAAAAAAUGUAACAAUCUCGUUAAUAAGUUUGGAUAACGGUGCCAUAUAAGGUUACAAUAUAAAACAAACAAUGGGAGGGAAAAUGAAUAUUUACAGAAUGACUCUCACAUUGGUCAUGUUGGUUAAGAUCAUACAUUAUCCACAUCACAGUCCAAACAAUAGCAAGUCAAGUCUUGUACAGGCUUCUGCAUUGUGUAAGAUAGGUCUCCCACAGAGAUCCAUGCAAUCAGUUACUGAUACAAAGGUUCAACUUAAGCAGAUGGGGGAGGUUAUUGUCU